CAAUCAAAUAUCUAAAAUGAGUUUGAGUUGGUUGGUGUCUCCUUAAUUGCACAAAACUACUAAUGGCUAUUUUAUUAAUCAUGAUAAUAUCAUGCUUGCUGGACCCCAAGAUAAGAGAAGAUUAAUAUUUUACUAUAUUGCAAGUUAGACACCUGAAAAGAUUACAAACGAAGAUCACUCGAAAUUCAUCAAAGAGAAAUACAUAGAUGUAGAUAUGAGAUCAGGAAUAUUCUCAUUUGGUGGUAUUUUCUUGGCAUUAGCAACAAUAAGGGAAUAACAAUUAAUUACUUCAAGAAUCACAAGUCGCCCAAUCUUAAAUGGAAUCUUUGUUUUGGGAGUUGGUUUGGUUUCAGCUGCAUUUUCAUAUAACCUUUCUUAAUUAUUAUUCGAGCCACUUUUUGUCUAAAGAAAUAAGGUGAUCUCUGACUUGGCUGAGAAAUAUAACUUUUCGGUGUUUGAUUUCGCUUUAGCAAAGAAGGAAGCUAGAUUAAAGUAACUUAGAGCAGAGUUAACAAGUGACAGUAGCAAUGCUGCACAUUUCUGAAUCGAUAUUACAAUAAAAAAAUAUUAAUAUUAUAAAUAUAAGGAUUCAAAAA